AUGGAGGGGAUCAAGGGCUUCGCCGCCGAUGGCAGCACGAUGCUGAGUCACGGUGCGAUAUGCCUCCUCGACCCCGGGGGCGACGGGCGGCCCGUCACCGUUCGCGUCCACGAGCGCCUGAGGGGUUGCACCCUGCGGGUCGCCCUCCGCGGGCGGACGAUCCCGUCCAUCACCGAGGCGGACGAACGGCACGGGGGCGACACCACGCUGGUCAUACCCAUCCCGCGGCCCGAGGACAUCAGCCCGAAGGAGCUCGUGGGAUGCGCGUGGGUCUUCGCGGUGCUCGACCCCGAAGCGGAGUCGCAACCGCAACCGAGCGUCGAUCCCCCGCGAUCCGGAGCCCGCAAUCGCCGGUCGGGAAGGUCCCGUCGCGGGGGCGCCGACGCGUCGAGCCCCGACCCGGACGCGAACCUGGUUCAAAUCGGCGCGAGCGUCCCCUUGCUGUUGGUCCCCGACAAGGCGACCGCGUCGGAGAUCGCCGACGCCGUGCGAACCAUCCGGAGCGACCUGGGCGACGCGCAAGCUGUCCGAUUCGUCACUCGGCUCGGCAACUGCGUGUCUCCGGCGACGAUAAACGACGACGAUCUCGGCGCGGCGAUGGAGGUGACGAAGGUGCUGGACAUGCGCCUGACCGAGCGCAUGAUGCUCGAGAGCAUGUUCACGGCGAGGCGGGAGGAGGGCGCGAGGGCCAACCGCGACGGGGGAUCGGAGGCGGGCGACAAAGAUGACGACGGCGGGUCCCAGUCCCACUCCAACGACGCGAUCAUCGACGACUCGCGGGACGUCGCGGGGGGCGAGGCGGCGGAAUCGCCGAGGUCGUGGGGCGGGGUUCGUCCCGUGGGUUGGGGCCGGGGGGUUGGGGCGGGAUGGCUGUCCAACGAUGACGUGGCGAAGAUGCUACGUCGGGAUCCCGGUCUGAGGCGAUCGUGGAUGGGUACGAUCGACCCGUGGGAAGCGAGGGUUUGGUACAUCGCGAUGGCGUGCAUCGCGAUCCACGGGUUCACCACGAAGAGGCACUGCAACCUGGGUGCGUCGCCGUACGUGCGCUCGAUUAUCGGCAGUGUGCUCGCCUCGAUCGCUAGCCUCGGCAAGCCCUUACCCUCGGACGAGUGGUUGCGCAGGCGCGGGUUCAACUUCAAAUUGGCUUACCUGUACCUGGGAGGAAUGUUCAUGUGGUGGGGUUACGGCGAGGGCGGCAGCUUCAUCCGUAGGGAUGACAUGCACGGGCAGUGCGACAAGACGAUGAUGCACAUCAAGGGGUUCGUGUGCAUGAGCAUCAUGAUGCUCGUGUACGCGAUCCAUCCGCUCGCGCACGGGAACCUUCGGGGGCUCGCAACCACCUGCGUGGUCUCGUUUGCCCUUCCAUGCUUGUCGAACCACGCGCUCGGUGUCGCAGAGUACAACGGGUUCUGGACCGUGCGCGUCGCGAACGUCCCCGCGAUCGCCGAGGCUCUCGGGAAACUCCCGUGGGACGGCGCACUCGUGGGUAAGGCGGCGGAUGCGAUGGCGUCGGCGGCGUUGUUCGUGGGGUACUGGGCGUUUCCCCUGACGCUGGCGCGGGUCAUCCAGCGAGAGUACGUGAGGAGGCUCGGUCAGACGACCAAGCCGAGCUCGCCGACCCGCGCGAGGCGGCGCCUGAGCCCCCUGUGA